AUGUACAUUGACGAAACGGAGCCGGAGCCACUUUUCUGGUCGAACUUGUAUCACGAUUUUACUUUUGAAUAUGGAUCCCUUCACGAUUUGAUCAUGACUUUCCGCAAGACGCUGGACAAAUACUCAACUGAACCAGGUGUCGAUCGAUUCAUGGUCACAGAAGUCUACACAACAACCGAAAAGAACAUGAAAUACUACGGGGCUUUCGAGCGCGAGGCUGACUUUCCCUUCAACUUUGAUCUCAUCCCCCUUGGUUCUACCGGUUCCAUUUCCGGAGCCGAGGUGCGUCAGCUGGUCGACAACUGGAUGUUCAAAAUGCCAUUUGGUCGAACCCCCAACUGGGUCGUUGGAAAUCAUGACACCACUCGACUCGCCUCUAGAAUCGAUGGAAUGAGCGACGACGAGAAGAAGCAAAUUUCUAAGCUCUUUGCCCAGCUAACCUUCACUCUUCCAGGAACGAACUUCAUUUAUAAUGGAGAGGAACUGGGAAUGGUAGAUUUGACAAAACAAGAACUACCAGAUGAAUGCAAGGUCGAUAUUCAACAAGAUUCUCGAGAUUAUGAGCGAAAUCCUCUUCCAUGGAACAAUAUUGCAGAUCAAAACUAUGGCUUCUCAAACUGCAGCGGCACUCAAAACCUCCCUCCUUCCUGCAAUCAAAACCGUUGCACUUGGCUUCCCUUAUCAGAAUCAGCAAAAGACGGCUUGAACGUCGCUGACCAGCUCGAAGACGAAGAAUCUGUUCUUUGGUACUAUAAAAAUUUGAUCGAACUGCGCCAGGAUGAAGCGUUUACUCGAGGAAGCUACUGUCGAAACCCAGAUGAUGAAAAAGACAAACCCGACGGUCUUUUGAGAUAUUUGAGAACUUUGGAAGGGGGAAAGACUUUUGAGAUUGUCUUCAACUGGAGCGGAAGCAAGCUGAAUUUUGACAUCAGAAAUGACAGAGAAGUCGUCGAAACUUUCCCAAAAAAUUUCGACAGCAAUGAACUCGAUGCUUAUUCCGGUGUGAUUUUCGAGCUCAGCGAGAUCCCGGAAGACUACUCUGGCGAAGGAAUUUGCGUCCAACGCCGAGCUGUGCGAAAACGAAACAAUUUGAUCCUCACCUCUGCGACUAAAGAUCGACGACUUUUUGAUUUUGAAUCUCAUUUUGAAUAA